CCGGCGCUUUUCAGCGGCUCUUUGCGCUAUAAUUUGGAUCCUUUGGUCCAAUACUCAGACCUCGAGAUAUGGCGGGCCUUAGAGUCGGCACAUCUGAAGACAUUUGUGGAGUCACUGCAAAGAGGUCUCAAUCACGACAUCGUAGAGAACGGCGCGAAUCUGAGCGACGGUCAGAAACAGUUGGUCUGUUUGGCCAGAGCUCUACUCCGACGGACACGGGUUCUAGUGCUGGACGAGUCGACUGCCGCCAUUGAUAUGAAAACUGACGAUAAGAUUCAACAGAUUAUACGCAAAGAGUUUCAGUUCUCGACAAUCAUAACAAUAGCCCAUCGAUUGAAUACUAUUAUUGAUUACAAUUUAGUUAUCGUUUUAAACAACGGAUCGAUCGCAGAGUCGGGAACACCGGAACAGCUCUUAGCGGACAACACAUCCAUAUUCUACUCGAUGGCCAAACAGGAAAAACUUGUCAAAACUACAAAAUCAAAUACUUUUAGUGUUAACGAAUGGAUAGACUAA